AUGGCCUCCUCCUCUUCCCUCAACCCCACCACCCGCUCCCGUACCCUGCUCUUCAUCUCAUACAGGGACUCCCGCGCAGGCACAUCUCGCUCCCGCCGUCCCCGCGCCAUCACACACUAUGACCACGCCCAGGACGCAGACGACGAGCACGAACGCCUCAUAAACGCCGAAGCCGGCCAACCCUCCAUAGACGCAGAACUUCCGCCUACAUGGGUCGACAUAUCUGAUCAAGUGAAAGAGAUCCUGGCCGGAGUGCAAACCAAGAUCGCGGUGCUUGACAAGCUACAUGCAAAGCAUGUCCUCCCGGGAUUUUCGGACCGUUCGGCAGAAGAACGGGAGAUCGAGACGGCCACCACGGACAUCACCAAAGACUUCCGACAAUGUUCGACAUUGAUUCAACGGAUAGGAUCUUCGAAACCUCAUUCGUUCCCGCCCUCCCAAGCCACCGGGUCACAUCACGAAGAGCUGGCUGCGAAGAACGUCCAGCGGGGCCUCGCUGCCAAGGUCCAGGAGCUGAGUGCUACGUUUCGAAAGAAGCAGAGGGUCUACAUGGAAAAGAUCCAAGGUCAUGCGAUCAAGAACCAGGAUCUACUCGCUGCGUCCGGCGCGGUGUCGCUCAAGGGAUCGGCAGGCAUGUCCGAACUCGACGAAGAUGUGCAAGCGGCGGCAGCAUCGACGGACGAGGUGGCGAUCCGGCAGAUUACGCAGCUCGACCUCACGGUGCAGGCGCGCGACCGCGAGCUGACGGAGAUCGCAAAGUCGAUCGCGCAGCUGGCGGAACUCUUCAAGGACCUUUCGGCACUCGUCAUCGACCAGGGUACGCUCCUCGACAGCGUGGAAUACAACAUUGAGCAAACAGCGGUGCACAUGGAGGACGCCGUGAGGGAGCUCGACACGGCCACACGUUACCAGAAAAACACGGGUCGACGACAGUGCAUCUUCCUGCUGCUUCUCAUCAUCUUCGGCCUCAUCGUCGCGCUCAUAUUCAAGCCGCGCCGGCAUCACCCUCCACCUCCCCCGGCGCCAGCGCCUGGUUCCCCGCCCGAGGCGAGCACGAGUUCCACCGCGGAGGUCGCGGCGCGCCGUGGCCACGACCACGACCACGACCUCGCUGCGCAGCGGACGGGGGCGGCGACAGUGACGGAGGCGCUGCCUUCUGUGCUGGACGCAGUGGCGACGCACCCCGUGCGUCUACUGCGGGUUCGGAGAGACGUUCACACUCGUGUGUAUACAUGA